GUCAUUUAUGAACCGAAAAACCUGGGCCUCAUUCGCACAACCAGCUAAGCUUAGUGAGUUUGAUACAGGUAAACAGGUGAAUGGUGUUGUGGGAAGGUUUCUUUUCCCUCCUCUGCCCUCCCUUCCCCAGUUGUUCAUUAGAGAAUCCUCGACUAUUUAGAAGUCCCUCCUGUCCCUCACACCUAAGUGACUCUGCACCUUGAGCUUUGCAAAGGAAGGUUGUUCCUGCGAGGAAAGACACACAGGCCCUGUCUCCUCUGCAUCAAAGCAGGGAGGCAACUCCCAUGAUCUGACCGGCCUCCUUUUCACCUGAGAGUUUAAUCUACACCUCCCUCCUUAUUAAUCCAGCAAAGUCUUAGCCUGGCCAAAAAAUGAAAGUGGGGUCUUUACCAGCAACCCCCCCCCCUUUGAGAAAGGAGUACGGACUAGAGGUGUGUCUUUGGGGUGUGGGAAGGUGGGGUCAUCCCCUCCUGGAGCGGGGAGGGAAAAAGCCCACCCUAUCAUUGGUCUGGAGAGGUUGACCCCCCCAACCCAAGGGACAAUGAGCCUCGGGUCAGCCGGGCGCUAAUGAAGGCUGGCUGGAGGGGCCAAUCUAGAAGAUUCCAUUCAGGUGCCCACUCUCUUGACUGACCCAAGCAAAGGCUGGCACACCUUCUGAUUGGUAGAGACCACCAAGGACUUUGAAAUGUAGGUACGGCACAGGAAGGUGGAAGGAAAAAGAGGCGAGACCGGGGCUGUUCAUCUGAGAGGACCCCUCCAGCCUCUCCCCCGCUGGCUUCCUCCCCUUCAAGCGACUUAACCUAUAACCUCCAAAUGGCGCUGGCGGGAGUUGUAGUCCAGCCACACCUUCGGAGAGCGCCAGGUUGAAGAUGGGCCGCCCUGCCAUCUCCUUCUCCCGCACCACCAAAGACACGGCACACUUCAAGCUGCCGCCCGGAGCCUCCCUUACCGCGGAGUAAAUUCCAGGGUCGGGAGGGGGGCUUGUUUUUGAGGAGCCCACGCAACGACUCGCUUCGCCGGACAGGUUUCGCUUCUCCCGGCUUCCUUCCAAGAGCCCAACGGUAGGAGAGCGCGGAGCGCCUGGGGGGACUCCUGCCCGCUUUUGCCAAGUUGGUCGCCGGGUGGAAAGAGCGAUGCCCGGGCGGCGCGCCCCUCCUUUAGCCGGGACGGCCGAGCCCCCUUUCCCUGCCUGCCUGGCCAAGAAGUUUGGGGAGUUGCGGAGCCGCCGAGGUUGCGCUCUGGCGCGGUGAAGAGCCGGUCCGUGAAAGGGAGGCGGGCAGACGAAAGGAGACCCUUCUCCGCCCGGCCUCUGCCUUUGCCGGCUCUACCUCCUCGCCCGUACCGGGCUGACGAAGAGGAAGGCGCAGAACGGGAGCCCGGCAGCCGAGGGAGGCAGCGGAGCUCCGGCGGAUGCACCAUGGACAGCGCCGCUUGAACGGCUUCUUCCCUGGGCGAAGCGUCUGCGCCGGCUCCACGGGGGCGCCACUUCCAGGUUUUGCGAUCCGUUGAAAAGCUCUAGAGAGGAGACUCAAAAUGCCAAUCCAAGAGAAGAUCAAAGCAAAGAAGGAAAAUGGCGCCCAAAGCCAAGAUGAGAUGGUACUGCCCAAGCUCCCGGUUCCCCCCCUCCAGCAAACAUUAGAUAGGUACCUUCAGUGCAUGAAACAUCUGGUGACUGAAGAACAAUAUAAGAAAACAAAGACUCUUGUGGAGAAGUUUGGGGCACCAGGAAACCAGGGAGAAUUCCUUCAGAAGAAGCUUCUUGAAAGACAUGAACAAAUGGAGAAUUGGGUAUUGCAAUAUUGGCUAGAUGACAUGUAUCUUAAUAACCGAUCAGCUCUUCCCAUCAAUUCUAGCCCAGGAAUUAUCUUUGCUUGCCAAGAGUUUCAAGAAGCAGAUGAUCAACUGAGGUUUGCAGCCAAUCUCAUUUCUGGAGUUCUGGAUUAUAAAGCUCUCCUGGACAGCCAUGCACUCCCUGUGGAUUUUGCUCGUGGACAACUCUCCGGUCACCCCCUUUGUAUGAAGCAAUACUACGGACUCUUCUCUUCUUAUCGUCUUCCGGGACAUACCAAGGACACCCUCGUGUCCCAGAAAAGCAAUAUUAUGCCUGAACCAGAUCAUAUCAUUGUUGCUUGUAACAAUCAGUUUUUUGUUUUGGACGUGGUGAUUAAUUUCCGGCGUCUCAGCGAAGGAGACCUUUUCACUCAGUUACGGAAGAUAGUUAAGAUGUCGGAGAAUGAGGAAGAGAGGCUGCCUCCAAUUGGUCUCCUGACCUCAGAUGGAAGGCUGGAGUGGGCCACAUCCAGGGCGAUCCUCAUGGAAGAUUCUACAAACCGAGACUCCCUUGAUAUGAUUGAACGAAGCCUGUGCUUGGUCUGCCUCGAUAGUCCAUCUGGAGAAGAGCUGAAUGACACCAACAGGGCCUUGCAGCUUCUCCAUGGUGGAGGCUACCCUAGAAAUGGUGCCAAUCGCUGGUAUGAUAAGUCUACGCAGUUUGUCGUAGGGCGAGAUGGAGUCUGUGGAACAGUGUGUGAACACUCUCCAUUUGAUGGGAUCAUUCUCGUGCAGUGCAUCGAACACUUGCUGAAGCACAUGAAAGAAGGAGCAAAGAAACUGGUCAGAGCAGACUCAGUGAGUGAGCUCCCCGCUCCAAGGAGGCUACGGUGGAAAUGUUCUCCGGAAAUUCAGAAUCACUUGGCUUCUUCUGCAGAAAAACUGGAAAGACUGGUGAAGAAUCUGGAUUUUGUCGCUUAUAAGUUUGAAAACUAUGGGAAAGAAUUUAUCAAAAAACAGAAGAUGAGUCCAGAUGCCUACAUCCAAGUAGCACUCCAGUUGGCCUUUUACCGGUUGAACAUGAGGCUGGUUCCCACCUAUGAAAGUGCUUCUCUUCGUCGCUAUGAAUGCGGGAGGGUAGACAACAUCCGCUCCGCCACUCCUGAAGCAUUAACGUUUGCAAAAGGAAUGGUAGAUAAGAAAUCAGCUCUCCAGAAUUCUGAAAAAAUGCAGCUAUUUAAGAGUGCAAUAACCGCUCAGACCAAUUACACUAUUUUGGCUAUCACAGGCAUGGCUAUCGACAACCAUCUAUUGGGACUGCGAGAGAUGGCCCGAGAAAACUUCGAAGAACUGCCAGACUUCUUUACUGAUGAAACGUAUUUGGCAAGCAAUCGAUUUGUUCUCUCCACCAGCCAGGUUCCUACCACAAUGGAGAUGUUCUGCUGUUACGGGCCGGUGAUUCCUCAAGGCUAUGGGGCUUGCUACAAUCCACAGUCCCAGCACAUCUUAUUCUGCAUUUCAAGCUUCAAAAACUGUCGCGAGACCUCUUCCAGCCAAUUUGUCAAAGCCAUAAGUGAAAGUCUAAUGGACUUGAAAGAGCUCUGUAGCGAAUCCAGUUUGACCUCGACAAGCCGGCAGGCUAAACUGGACGGAUGUCCUCCAGUUGCCAAACCCUAAUGCCAUGCGUGUCGUAGUCUUUUCCUUCCUCCUCUCUGCAAAAUCUUCUUAAUGUGGAGUGAUGUUUCUGUGAAAAUGCCAGCUAUUUAUUGGAGGCAGGAGAACUUUAUUUUUCUUUAAGCGAGUAUUCCUAGCCCUAUUUAUCAUGACGAGAGCUUAAAUUAUCGAGAAAGCUGACAUUUCAGUGCUGCACAGAGCAAAUGUGUGAAUAAUGUUUGACCCAAAGAACGAAAUUACAUGCAAUUCAUCUCAAUGUGAAAUAAGCAGUUAAUGCUAGUAUUUUAGAAAUAGCUGCUGUGAACGUGCAAUAUAUCCCAUGCGUGAGAGUUCCAACUCUCUAUAAUUUAUCCAUUUAUGAAGUAUAUAAACUGCUUCAGUCUAAGCAGGAUACAAAGAGCCACAGUGAUGAAGCCAAUGCAAACAUUUUUUUAAGAAAAUACAGCAGGACCUAAGAAAUGAUAUUGUGCUAACCACAUUAAUUAAAAAUAUUCCCAAUUUUAAGAGCAAGGCUCCUAGAAAGAGAUGCUUAUCUCUCAUUUUAAGGAUGGAUAUAUCAAAACUUUUUGAAAGAGUUUGCUCUGAUUGAACCUGCUGGCCUGGAAAGACUCUGCCCUCUUUUUGUCCUCCGGAGCAAUUGGUCCAUGUGGUCUUGGUCUCGAGAGAAACCAAAGAGCACCAUGGAUGAUGCUGAAGGUCAGGUAGAUAUUUCAAAAAACCUACUAUAGGAAUUAUCUUUCACAAGAGCACAGUCAAAUCUUCUGGAGAAGAUUGGGUUAGAAGCCAAUGAAGAUUGUAAGGUAUUUUCCUUCUCUUCAAUUUUUAAAGGCCAUUUUGAAUCCUGAAUUAAUUAAUUACUGUGUCCCUAAAAGGUGAGGCAGGCUAAGAAGCUGAUGCCAUAUCCAUCAGGACUGCCUUCAUUGCAAUGGCUCUAAUAACAGAAUAUUGCAAGGCUGAAUGUGCUUCUCUCCUCCCUCACUUUACCUUCCUGUGAACUUGAGUGGGCUUGUCUGUGAUGUUUUCUCAGAUUAUUCUUUUGGCCCGGCCGGGCUCAGGCCCCACUGACCGUUGCCUUAGGAGUAGCUAUUCCUCUUGUCCUUCAACCCCAUUCCUGAUGCCCUCUACAAUUACCAGCUCAAAUGCUUUACCUGUUAUUGUACUUGUAUCACAUUCUCUUCCGGGAAGUUGUAAUAAGUGUUGCAUGUUUUAAUUGUUUCAUUAGGAAAAAAAAGAUGUGACAUGUAUGUGGCUCAGGGUUGAAUUGUUGAAUUCCUAGUGUUCAUUGAGCUUGUCUUCUUACAAGAUGCUUCAUUACCAGGGUAGGGAAGAUCAUCAGGGCACAAUGGAGGAGCACAAGAAAAAGAUGUGAACCCGCAAGAGUUGUGGUUUCAACUCCAGCCACUGCAAGAGAUCCAAGUGUUACCAUCAGGCUGUUCCAGAAUGGCCUGUGAGGCAGCCUGAGGCAGAUGGGAAAUUUAUGUGCCAGGACAAUGGUAUUUCUUGGAAGGAUCAGAGUUUAACAGAUGUUGAAGGCUUCCUUUGCAUGCCGUCUAUAACUGUAGUUCAAUACUUGACAUCUCUGGCAAUGACUAGGGAGAUGUCUUUCUGAUAAUCCAGUCUGCCAGUGUGAACUGUACUGAAAUAAUUACAGUAUUAUGAACUACAUCAAUGUCCUGGCUUUUAGUGAGGCAGAUUGCCCAACUCACUACUCUUCAAAUUCCUAGCUCUUGGAACUGCAGUCAUAGAAUGAUGGAAUCAGAGAUUCAUAUUUCUAGAUGCAGAAUCCAAUCCUGGCUGUCAGGCCCAGAGAAUCAAGAAGGACAUGUAGAGUUAUGUCAAGAGUAGUUUAUUGUUGUUCAUUUACAGACAGAAUCUUGCCAGAUAAAAGAUCUGGCAAUCUUCAGAUACAUAGUUUGUGAAUGGAUAGGGAGGAACUGUUUUAGCCCACUUCCUGCCUCCCAGAUAUUCCAAGCUGUGCUGUUUCUUUGCCCACUGAGCAGGAACCUCUCUUUCCUCUGACUCUAGACUAUGUUCCAUCCCACUGGCCCAUUCCUCAAAUUGAAACAGACAGCCUCUGUUCGAAAAUAUCCCACAAAAGGAGUCCAAUAUCCAACUUGGGUCAUUGGUUCCACACUGUCAACUUGUUUUCCUGUUAGGGUUAUUUACCCCUAACAUUCAAUCAGCAUCUGCCUUCUUGCCAUUUUUUUUUCCGGUCCAGAGAGCACCUUUUUGACUCUCCUUUUCAAGUCUUUUGAGAUGGCCACCAUUUCACCACUCAGUCUUCUCAAGACUAAAGGUGCUCAUCUCCUACCAUCUUUGUUCAUAGGACUAUUUUUAGGCUCUUCCUUUUUCUGGUUGCCUCUGUCUAAACCAAAUCUACUUUCUCUGUGUCUUCUUAAAAUGUAGUGCCCAUAAAUGGAAACAAAAUUUGUGGUGGGAUCUGUCCAAAGCUAACUCAGCAUACUUGAAAAAUGCCAGGUUAAAAAAGAAUAACAUAAGUCCUCUCUCUUCUUGGCUGUAUCUGUUUACAUAUACAUUUGUUUUUUCCUCAAUGGCUGUUCCUUUCUUCUCCCCACCAUUAGACCCAUCUGUCUAGAAAUUCUUCUGAGAAAUGGGUGAUCUAUUAUCUGGUUUGCAUGAAAUGGUUAAUGCAGUGAAACAAUUCAAUCUUUGUCCUGCAUAAUAUAAGACCUUUUCUUGAACCUUUCCCAGCAACUCAUGUUAAUUCCUAGAAAUAAAUGAAGCAGCAGAUAAAUGUUCUGUACUCAUAGAUUCUAGAAACAAGCAUGCUUUCAGAUUAAAACUGAAGAUUCAGGGAUAUUUUGAGAAAUUUGAUAAAGUAUCGGCUGAAGUCCUGUUUCAGUCCAGUGUACUGGAUAAAGCAACGUCUCUUGGACAAAAUGCUUGUCCAUGCAUUGUUAUGCAAAACUUACCCAAUUUAUAUUCUGGGCACCCUUCCAUCAAACUGUCCUAUUAUGUGAUAACACUAUUUUUCUCUUAUGUGCAUGCUUUGUGGUUGCUUGGAUUUCAGGGAAGUUUCCAUGUCAGUUAAAGUGAGUUGUAGCCAAAGAGGAAAAUGCAUUUUUACUUUGCAACUUAGAAAAGUAUAUAUCAUGGCUAUCUAUGCUAAUUUAAUGGGAAAUGUACAAAAGGGAUUGGUUGUGGACUUGCAGGAUGAGUGCCCUGAAGGUUUGUUGGAGAUGAUGAAGUAAAAAAUAUUGACUUCUUAAAGGUUAACGAUCAGAUCCCUUGGUUUCUAAGGAACACUUUACUUACUUUAUCUGGCCUGCAGGUUCCAACCAAGGAAAACUUGGAUCUUUGCAGUUGAAGGUUUGAUUUCCAAAGGAAGCUAAUUACCAAAUUCUCCAUCCCUAGCAGGUUGGUGGUGACACAAUAUAGACAGAACAGCAGCACAGUUAGCAAUUCGAGCUUUCCAUCAACAAAAUUCCACCCACCCAACUAAGUGAUUUUGGGCUAGUGAUUAAACCCACUGAACGUGUCCCAUUGGAGUGCCCGUGAGUUUUGCCCAAAGCUCCUUGCAGAAGGACAAAAUACCAAAAAAAAAAUAAAAAAAUAAAAAAAAGUCUUCUGAAGGAGCUUGGAUGGGUGCACCAGCAAAGCCCAAAUUGGGCAUCUUGGUAGGUUGGGUUCUAGAAGCAUCAAAACUAUCAGUGAAUUUUACUCUUCUCACUAUUCACAGCCGCGAUUUUUUCAUUUGCAAAAAUGUUUACAUAUUUAUGCAAUAUAUAUUGAACGCACACAUAAACCAAGCACUUUAUUGACGUCCAUAAGUUUUCUGAUUUUUGUUUUCUUCCUCCCAGUGGAGAAUUUUUAUGGUGAGGUAUGUGAGCAAGGGUUAUUUUUCCCCCUCCUUUGCAAUCCAGCUCUUCCAUCCCAAAGCUAUUUUUUUUAUGCUGAAAAAAGGAGACGGGUUAACUGCAUUCAUGAGUCAAUUUCUCAUGAUCCAAUCAAAAUCAUUGAUCCAAUACAAAACUAACAUUUGGGGCAGUAUAUGAAUCAGCACACAGGAAAGAGAUCUGUUGCUUAAUUUUUUUUUUAACAGAGUAUCUGGGCUUUAAAAAAAGAAGAUGAUCUUUAGAUGAAAGAAAAGAGUUGGUUUUGGUCCUCUUAUGGCUGCAUGGAUUUAGACAGGUUAGCUAUAAGAACUGUAUUCAGGUGAGCUGAUAAGAGUUAUGAUGUAGCAACAAGGUGACAAUAUAUCCCAACUUUUUAUACUGUGUGCUACAUUAAAGUCAAUAUUUUAGUAAUAUUUUAUUUUUAUAACAUAGUAUUGAUCGAUGCCAAAUCUAAAUGUGUAUUUCGAUAGCCUCUGUGGUUAGUAUCAGCUACAGAUUGUUAGUUCCCAGGUAUCAAAUCAUCCCCAUUGUCAGUUUUGAAGUUCAUGGCACAUUGUAUACACUAAGAAUUUAGAGUCCAUUGAUUGUUAAUUGCAAAGGAGUAGUGAAUAAAAAGCAAAAUUUAAAAAAAA